AUGUCAGGGACUGCCAACUACCUUCCUGAAUAUGCCUCGUACAAUUGGACCGGCGCUCCAGCCGAUUAUACUCUGGCCACGAAUGCGAAGACUGGAGGUGAUUCAAGACAUGAAAACCUGAACAAAUGGUAUCAGUCUGGGGAUACCGCGUAUAUUCUUCUCUCAUCAUGCCUCGUCCUGAUCAUGGUCCCGGGCCUUGGAUUUCUCUAUUCUGGACUGGCACGGAGAAAAUCAGCCCUGUCGAUGAUGUGGGCUUGCAUGGCUGCUGGCACCGUGAUAAAUUUCCAGUGGUAUUUCUGGGGGUAUUCGCUCACCUUCUCCUCCACGGCGAAGAAUGGGUUCAUUGGUGACCUCGUCCAUUUUGGCCUGAAACAAGUUUUGGGAAACCCCAGUCCCGGAUCUCCUCUUGUUUCGAGUCUCCUAUACUCUUUCUACCAGAUGCAAUUCUGUGCUGUUACGGCCGCCAUCGUUGCAGGAGCUGUUGCAGAGCGUGGUCGACUCGUACCUUUCCUCGUCUGGAUCUUUCUGUGGGCCACGCUCGUCUACAACCCUAUUGCGUGCUGGGCGUGGAAUGUCAAUGGGUGGGGAUUCACCUACGGGGUGAUGGAUUACGCAGGCGGCGGGCCGGUCGAGAUCGGUUCCGGGAUGUCAGCGUUGGCCUACUCGAUGGUCCUGGGGAAACGACAAGAGAAGAUGAUGCUCAACUUCCGGCCGCAUAAUGUCUCCUUCAUCCUCCUUGGAACAGUGCUGCUCUGGUUUGGAUGGCUGGGCUUCAACGGCGGUUCAUCCUUUGGUGCCAACCUGCGAGCUGUCAUGGCCUGUUGGAACUCGAAUUUGACUGCUAGCAUGGCGGCUGUGACCUGGGUGCUUCUCGAUUAUCGACUGGCUAGAAAACUGUCCAUGGUCGGCUGGUGUUCAGGUACCAUUUCUGGGCUUGUGGCAGCCACCCCUGCUUCCGGCUAUCUUGACACUUGGGGCAGUGUCGCCUUGGGGGUUACGACGGGCUUUGUCUGCAAUUUUGCAACCAAGAUCAAGUACUGGGUCCGAAUCGACGACUCCAUGGACGUGUUCGCCGAGCACGGUGUUGCCGGCAUGAUUGGCCUCAUUUUCAAUGCUCUUCUGGGCGUCGACUACGUAGUCGGCCUUGACGGUGUCAACACCGGAGGCUCCAACCCCGAGACUGGUACCGGGAUUGGAGGAUGGCCUAUCGGCAACUAUCGACAAUUUUAUAUCCAGCUGGCGUAUAUCGUGGCAUGCACGGGGUAUUCUUUCGUCAUGAGCGCCCUCCUGGCUUAUCUCGUCAACUUUAUCCCGGGUCUCCAUCUUCGCGCUUCUGACGAAGCCGAAUUGCUCGGUAUGGACGAUGAUCAGCUUGGGGAAUUCGCCUACGAUUAUGUGGAGGUUCGGCGUGACUAUCUUGCUUGGACGCCUAACAGGCCGGAUCAGAACGCCAUCGAUCCCGAAGUGCCACAGGAGAACCGUCACGGAAUCGAGGGGCAUGUUAAAAUGCUACAAAAGAGUGAAGCAUCGAGUUCUGGUUCGGGCCAGCCAUCUCUGCCAGCCCAGGGCGAUCGUCAUGCCAUUGCAGUGGAGGAUCAGGAAAAGGUCAAACGUGAAGAUGAAGCUGCAGAAUCUUGA